AUGAGCAUCCAUGACCAUGUCGGCACCUCUGAUGCUCCAGCCCGGACUCCCUUGGAGGCUCAGUCCACUGUUGAUCUCAAGCACUGGUGGCGCCACAAGAACCUGCGCGCUCUGAACCUGUGGCUGAUAAUCCCCCUCUUGUCCAUCUUUUCUCAAGGCUUCGACGGGUCCAUGAUGAAUGGUCUCCAAUCGGUCACACACUGGCGCAACUACUUCGGCACACCCACCGGAGCGACCCUCGGCAUCUUCAACGCGGCUUACCCGCUCGGCGGUAUCGUCGGCGUGUUUUUCAUUUCGCCCGUCGCAGAUCGUUGGGGCCGUCGUUGGGGCCUUUGCCUGGGCGCCGUCGUCUCCCUCAUCGGUGCUGUUCUCCAAGCAGCUUCCCAGGAUAUCGCCAUGUUUGUAGUGUCUCGACUGCUGAUCGGUGCCGGUAGCGUCAUCGUUGCCGGUGUGGGCGCCCCCUGGAUCACUGAGAUCGCUCAUCCCUCUCACCGUGCAACGGCCACGGCUCUGUUCUUGACAUCGUACUCGCUUGGCUCUAUUUGUGCGGGUUGGACGACUUUUGGUACUUUCCGCAUCGAUGGCGAGGCUUCAUGGAGGAUUCCCUCAGGUCUUCAAGGCCUGCCCAACAUCAUCCAGCUUGCCUUCGUGUUCUUUGUCCCGGAAUCGCCGAGGUGGCUUGUUAGCAAGGGACGCCAGGAAGAAGCCUUAACUAUGCUCGUACACUACCACGGUGAAGGUAACGAGCAGGAUCCCGUGGUCAGGCUCGAGUAUGAGGAGAUCACACAGGCCCUCCAUGCCGAGUCCGAGGUGAACAGCAUCUGGGCAGUUGCAGGUGCAAUUGUAACCGGGACCCCGGCCAUGUUCUCGUGGUUCACGGCCAUUUAUUUCGCCACUCUGCCCGAGAAGCUCGGUCGCCGGGUCAUGUUCCUGUGCUCGCUCGUCGCCAUGUGGAUCGUCGUCAUCUGCAUCACGGCCGGCAGCGCCGUCUUUGCGAGCGACAACAGCAACGUGGCCGCCGGCUACUCCGUUGUCGUAUUCCUCUACCUAUUCUCCCCGGCUUACAAUUUUGGCUUCAACGGCAACCUGGGGCUCUACAUCCCCGAAAUCUUGCCAUACCACAUGCGCACCAGCGGCCUGUCGUUUUUCUACUUUGUGCAGUUCUCAUUCAUGAUACUGUCUACAUUUGCCGUCCCGGUCGGCCUGGAGAGCAUCCAGUGGCGUCUCUAUACGGUCUUUGUCGCCUGGAUCGUUGUCCAGUUUGUCGUAGUUUACUUGGUGUUUCCCGAGACGAAGGGUCACUCCCUCGAGGAGAUUUCUAACAUCUUCGAAGGUCCUCCAAAGCUAGACGUCGAGGCCAAGAAGGAGCAGAUCGAGAUCGAUUUAAAGCAUUAA